GGAUCUUUGGGCGCCGACUGAAUGUGUGGAACUUGUCCUGCCACACUCUCAUCCAGUGCUUUGACCUGGGCGAGGACUCUCUGCCCCUCUGCGUUAAAUUCCUCCACGACCCCAAUGCUGCUGAGGGAUACGUCUGCUGUGCCCUGAGCGGCAUCGUCUACCGCUUCUACAAGUGCGAGAGGGACAACUGGGCGAUAGAGGAGGUGAUUCGGAUACCGGACAAGGAGGUGACGGGAUGGAUUAUGAACAGGAUGCCAGCCUUCACGGUCGACCUCAUCAUCUCAAUGGACGACAGGUACCUGUAUCUCAGCAACUGGUGGCACGGAGACAUCCGCCAGUACGAGCUCUCCAAAACCUGCAAGCCCAGGCUGGUGGGCCAGGUGUUUGUGGGAGGCAGCAUCGUCAGAGGCGGCCCCGUGGCGGUGUGUCGAGACGAAGAGCUGCAGUGCCAGCCGGAGCCCUUGGUGGUCAAGUGCAAGAGAGUGUACGGCGCCCCCAGUAAAAUGCAGCUCAGCUUGGAUGGCAAGAGGCUGUACGUCACCAACUCCUUCUACAGCGCCUGGGACAGGCAGUUCUACCCAAACCUGGUCAG